AUGCUGAGGUGGAUUGUGUGUCUGUCUGUGUGUCUCCUCCUGACCUCAGCUUCAUUUGACUACAUGUUUGAGGAGCACUCCUUCAUGGGUAAGCACAGACACUACUGACACUGUCAGUUACCUGCUGAAACAUCAACAUUAUCUUCAGAGAACAGAGUUCCCGUCUUUAACUGAGGGUGGGGUUUUUCUCCGUCUCACAGACCCUGAGGAUGUGCUGAGUGUCAGCAUCCCUCUGGGAGGGCCACAGCGCCCUCUGCUGGGAGGAACAUUGAUGCUGCCCUGUUACUUUGAGGUGAGGAAUCAUACCUGAGACUGAUUUACCUGCACGCACACACAACACUGGCUACUGAAAUAUGAACGCCGCACUAUGAUGAAGUCAAUGAAUGGAAAAUAAAGGGUCACCUGAGCUCUGUGCUGUUUUUCUGCCCUGUAGGACCACACUGUCCCAGACCCUGGAGCGCCCCCUAUUGCCCCACUCUCUCAUCGUAUUAAAUGGAGUCUGGUCACUAAAGAGAAGGUCACCACUAUCCUGGUGGCGCUGGAGGGACAGGUGCGUAUCACAGAGAGCUACCUGGACAGAGUCCAGCUGGUGGGCUACCCAGGGACGCCCACAGAUGGCAGCAUCAAGAUCUCUGAACUGAGGUCCAGCGACUCGGGAGUUUACCGCUGUGAAGUUCAACACGGCAUCGAAGACAACCAUGACGACGUCCACGUGCAAGUACAAGGUCUGAAUGUAGAGCAGUUAACAAAGAUACCAACAGCUGCAAAUCACUGCUAACACAUCUGUCACAUUAAGAUAGACACCACACAGACACAGACAGCUGCGAAUCACUGCUAACAUGCCAGCUAAGCAGUCCUGUAAAAAGUUUGAACUCAUGAAUGAAUGAGCAGUUUUGUUUUCGCUGCUCUCCUAUCUCAGUGGCGUCGCUGUGUUUCUUUUCAAAGGUUUGGUCUUUCACUAUCGGGCCAUCAUGGGGCGCUAUAGUCUGACUUUUGAGAAGGCGAAGGCAGCAUGCAGCCUGAACAGCGCUGUCGUGGCCUCACCCGAACAGCUCCAGGCGGCGUUUGAGGAUGGGUUCCACCAGUGUGACGCCGGCUGGCUGUCCGAUCACACAGUCAGGUCAGAGUGAAGUAUGAUGGACCGCGUCUGUCUGAGAGCGUGAUACACAAACAUGUUCAGGGCUUCAGAUUCCUGCUUCUUUACAGUAUGAACGGUUGGCCCCCCUUCUAGUCUUAUUAUUAAAAAGGUUUCUAUAUUUAAUAAUCUUUUAAUUUUAUCCUGUAAAGAAAACUAAACUUACUCUUUAAAUGAAACAAGGCGAGUUGACUUUUAGGAUAUGUUUGAAAUGAAGCAGCACUUGAUUGUUAUGCAGAAAGAGCACAGAUCUAAUGAUAUCAGAAAAAAACUGAAAAGGAUGAAUUCACACAAAGUACAGUGUCUUUCUCUGCAAUAUCUAAACAAAGAGAAGACUGGGGUGACGAUAUCAGGCUCACCCUUAAUUCUAAUUGGACCUUUUACAGGUCAGCUGAUUGUAGAUCCAACCUCUGAUUGGUCAACAGACCAACAAAGUAGGUCAGCCUCUGUUUAAAGACCAAAAAUAUCACUACAGUUUUUACCAUAAUAAAACUCCUGUGUGUCACACAAAUAUAUAGAGUUCACCCCAAAGAGGCAGCCGGUCUCACGCUCCAGGUAGAUUUUAAAGAAAGUUGCUAAAACCACCACGCCAAUUUUAGAGCUGACAUGGUAAACACAACAACAUUUAUUUCAUUUAUUCUUAUUUCAUUAUUUUAUUUCAGUUUAUUUUUUCUUUAAUUUUAGUAUUUUGGAGUGAUCAGUGUUUUUUUUAUAUACUUUUAUUUAACUUUAUUUUUAAAGUGUGUUGUAUACUUUGUACUGAGGACACUAAGGCUUUCUGUGGUCCAACCCAAAGGUACCCGAUCCUUGACCCCCGUGUGAACUGUUAUGGUGACAAAGAGGACCAGCCGGGUGUCAGGACAUACGGCGUCAGAGACCUUAAUGAGACGUAUGAUGUAUACUGCUUUGCUGAGAGGAUGGCGGGUACGUUAAAAACAUGCUAUUGUGCAAAUUUUACGGUGUCACUUUCCAUCUAACGGACCUCUGUGGUCUCCCACAGGCAGAGUCUUCCACGCUGCAUCUGCAGAAAAGUUCACUUUCUCAGACGCUGCGCUGGCGUGCUCAGCUCGAGGGGCUCAGCUGGCCAACACCGGUCAGCUGUACCUGGCCUGGCAGAGCGGGAUGGACGUCUGUAACGCCGGCUGGCUGGCAGACCGCAGCGUCAGAUACCCCAUCAACAUUCGCCGGCCACAGUGUGGGGGGGGUCUGCUGGGCGUGAGGACUGUUUACCUCCACACUAACCAGACUGGGUACCCCCGCUCUGAGUCCCUCUACGACGCCUUCUGUUACACAGGUAGGACAUCAGUCAGAGAGUGGAGACACUCGGCGUGUGAUUAAGAGUCUUCUGACGCUAACGUUUGUUAUUUGACGAUGAAAUAAAGAUCUGGACAAAGCUAUGCAACCUUCUUACCAAACCUUCUCCUCGAUCACCCUCAGAGUCUCCUGAUGAGGAGGGUUCAGGGUCUGAGGAAGAGGAGGGCAGUGGUGUUGAGAGCGUUACUGUGGCGACCCAAAGCACAGAGGUGUUCUUCAAGACCACAACCACCGAGAGUGAGGCCGUCGGAGAGCUGGAGACUCAGCGGCCGACUGUCGACUUCACCUUCACUGAGAGCACGACUGGUCUGCUGACAGAGCUGCCGACAGAAACACCAACUGAGCUACCAACAGAACCACCAACAGAACCACUAACAGAACCACCAAUAGAACCACCAACAGUACCAACAAUAGAGUUGACAACUGAGCUGCCAACAGAAACGCCAACAGGAUGGCCCUCCCGGCUUACAACAGAGCUGCCUCAGCCAACCAGAGUCACAGAGUUUAUCACGGACCUGGUUGAGGCGGACACCACCGGGCCUGAGGUAGACCUGCAGCCCAGCACAGCCUCUGUGCUGCCUCCAUCUGGUCAGUGACAGAAAUGCUCACGUUUUCUCAUCCUUCCUGAUAAUCAACGAUCAUGAAGACAGCCCUUUUAUGCACGAGUGUUUCUUCUGUACAGGUGUGGUCUUCCUGUACCGCUCUGAGUCCGGCCGAUACGCCUUCACCUUCAUUGAAGCCCAGCUCGCCUGCAGGAGCAUCGGGGCCUCUAUCGCCUCGCCACAGCAGCUACAGGCCUCAUAUCUGGCUGGAUAUCACCAAUGUGAUGCAGGAUGGUUAUUGGACCAGACUGUCAGGUGCAGUUUGAAUAUAUUUAACCACAGAUAUCCAAAGUGUACCUGGAAGUGUGCCUCGUGUGGAGGUUUGGCUCCUGAACAAAUACAGUACCACAUUUGUCGUUUCCCAGGUAUCCCAUCACUUCGCCUCGACACAAAUGUGCUGGAGAUCUGGGGGAUAAACCUGGAGUUCGAUCUUAUGGUAUGAGGCCAGCAGAUGAGAGGUAUGACGUGUACUGCUACGUGGACGGGCUCAAAGGUAAGAAAAGACACACAGACAACAACGGCGAACCUUUUCUGUUGGAUACAUUCCUGUGUAUACAAACUCUGACUGCCUGCUCCUCAGGUGAGGUUUUCCACGUGGGCUCUGCUGAGGGUUUCACCUUUGACCAGGCAGCAUCCAGCUGUCAGGAGCAGAACGCCGUGCUGGCUUCCCCUGGGGAGCUCUUCGCAGCCUGGAAAAAGGGUCUGGACAAGUGCCGCGCUGGCUGGCUUUCAGAUCGAAGUGUCCGUUAUCCCAUCAACAGCCCACGGCCAGAGUGUGGAGGUGGGAAAUCAGGAGUUCACACUGUGCACCUUAACCCCGACCAGACAGGCCACCCUAACCCCGACUCCAGAUAUGAUGCUUACUGUUUGAGAGGUAAACACAGAGGCGACUUCGACCCAAAAAGAUAGCCCUGAUGUAAUUUUCUUAUUGAUCAUUUUCUAUGCCUGUUUCAUUCUUUUAGUUGAUGUUCAGCUUAUUGCGAAUGAAACUGGGCUGAACGUCUCGGAUAUCCAGGAGGCCCUCCUCAACCUGACGUCAGCUGCUGAUUUGUUAAGACCUGGUAAAGUACUCUUUUAUACGUCUAGAUGUCUCCCUCAUUUCUAAAAGCUUAUUUUUGUUCUCAUUAUCUUUCAUAUAAAUUUAUGUCUCUUCAGCUGGCCUUCCCAUCGUCCUUCCCAUCGCAGUGGACUCUUCGGGGUCCGGGUCAGGAUCAGCAGACUUUGGUUCAGGCUCUGUGGCUGGGAGUGCCUCUGGGAGUAUUUCCGGAGACAUGUCUGGUUUUGGAGAGCCGUCUGCAGGCUGGGCUGGCAGUGGGAGUGCUGGUCUGCCCAGCGGAUCAUCAGGUCUUGGCAGUGCCGAUGCUUCUGGGUCAGGUCUCAUUGGUGAAGGGUCAGGGAUCGCCGUGGUUUUCUCAGGCACUGACGGCAUUUUCUCUGGGGAGAGCUCCAGCUCAGGAGGACUACAGGAAGCUGGAGAGGGAGGCACAGAGAUCCUCAUCUUCCCUCCAUCUGAAGUAGGCUCUGGGGGGCCCAGUGGUAAUGGAGACCCAUUUGGAUCUGGAACUCAAUCUGGUUUCAACUCUGCAGAGAGUGGUUCUUCUAUGGACAGUUCCGGGCAGUUCUCUGGUUUUGUCACCACUAAGGACUUUUCUGGGUUCAGUGGUUCCCCAUCAGGAUUCCCCUCUGGAAGUGGGAGCGGACAGUCAGGGGAACUUUCUGGGAGUGGUUCUGUCCAGAUCUUGCUGAUAGAUGGUGAACUCAUUGAUCAGUCUGCACCGGUAAACCACAAAGAGCAUGAGCUCGGCGGAGGUGUUCUUGCGUUUAGUGGCUCUGGGGACAUUUUAGGGUCUGGGACUCUCAGUGGGUCGGGCUCUGGAAGUGGUUCCGGAUUCUCAGGUGUAACCUUUGUGGGGUCAGGGCUUACUGAACUCACAGGGUCCUCCUCUGGAGAGCAGGAAGCAUCUGGGUUUUUACUCUACAGCUCUGGAAAGGGCAGUGGGGAUCAUUUGUCUGGUUUUGGAAGCUUGACUUUUGUCUCGGGGUCUGGAUCAGGAACUUCUGGGUCUGGGUCCUCAACCAGUGGAGAGGAAGGCAGUGUAACAUUCUUGUCUGGGGAUUUUAUAACUGAUGAAUCCAAACACACCAUGCCAUCUGAGGAGCUUGGACAGGGGUCAGUGGAGUACAGCGGGGAAGGAGGCAGCAGCAGUGGUUUCUUUUCUGGUAUGUCCUCGGCCAGCGGAUCUUCCUCUGGAGACCUUUCACAGGUAGUGCUGCCCUCUCCAUCCAGCCAGUGGGCACUAACUAAGAGCACCACAGGACCUGAGGUGGCCUUUAUCAAGGCUGGAUCGUCACAGUCCUCUGGUGGCUUGUUUGGUACUCCCAGCCCUGUGCUUGCCCCUGCAGGACUGGCUGCCCCUCGCAUCUACGUCGCAGCUUCACCAGCCUCUGUGCAGAGUCCAGGAGGUGACGAACACACUGGUUCAGUGGAGGGUAGGUAAAAACUGUCUUUUUGUGAGAUGUGUCUGUCCUCACCGUCAACAGUCAUCAACGACUUAUGGAACAACUUUUACAUUCAGUUUCAGUUACCCGAGAAGCUGGUGAAGCUCCUCUAGGUGAUAUCCAGACAUGUUUGGGAGUGCAAAGGAGAAAGAAGCUUACACACCGUUUGCACUUAUGUCUGCCUCACCCCCAAUUUUCAUCGCAUCCAGAGAAGCUCCAAUCCCGAAUGGCGCCGAUUACUACCAGAUACGUUUGCGAAUUACGGACAGCAGUAAUUGCAAGAACUCACAAGAACCCGCAGAUUCACGAACAAUCGUGCAAUAACACGUUUUUUCUUAGCCACAGAGGCUAACCGUAUAAGCAGUAGAUUGUGUCCUUCCAGAGGAGGAAAUCUACUUCUAGACUUCUAGAAUCAGCAUCUCCUCAUCCAUGGUGUCAUCGGGGUGAAAUGACGUCUAAAAACCUUUCACUUGUUCGUCUCCGCCCGUUUGCAUGGUGUGAAAUACGAUCCUCCUGAAACACGGAGUGUUUUAUUUUGAAAAGAAGCCGGAUGUUUUAUUUUGUGUCUGUGCCCGACUUCCUUUCCAGCACGGGUUAAUCUGUGCUGAAUUUAUCCGCCAUGCUCCGGCGUCCAGAAAGAAGUCGGUGUAAAUUGACACGUUAACUUGAACGGUUACGAUCAGCGGUUACGGCCUUUUCGUUGCUGUUCUGGAUGCGGUGGAAAUUGGGGGUUAGAGUUCGUGGAUCCCUGAUGAUUCCAGUGUCCCGUUCAUGGGGGUGAAUUGCUCCAUCGAAGGAAAUAAAACCUUAAGUCUCCACGUCAUUAUGGCGGAGAGGCUACAGAUGUCUGAUAUCUAAUAAAUAAAGAUAUUCACAUAAACAUGAAUGGGUUUCUGGCUAACUCACCUCUGUGUCCUUGUUGUAUGUCAGUGGAAACAUGGGAGGAUGCUUUUGUAUCGGGCUCUAAACAUGUUCGGACAUUUUAACAUGUGGACUCUACGGGGGACUGACUCAAUUUUGGGGACAGCUUCAAGUGGGCACCAGAAGAACUGCAGUUUUUGGGUCUGUCAGUGCGGACUCUCAGAGAGUUCAACAUUCAUUCUCAAUCAUCUCAACUGUAUUUGUAGGUGUUUUCAACCCCUGUGAACCCAACCCGUGUGGAAACUCUGCCUGCUCCGUAGAGGACGGGGUUGCUUCCUGCCAUGGUGAGUCCAAACUCAGCGGCCAUGUUUGACUCUUCUUUCUGUUCCUGAAAACCUGAUUUUAAAAAUCUCUCUGAUUGGUUUGGUUCAUCUGUAUUUUCCCUCUUUAAAGAGUUUGCAUGUGUUACAUUGUUUUGCAUUCUGUUUAUUAAUCGGCCUGUCAGUUGUGAAUCCACUGUGUGAACGGUUUAGCUCCGCCCACUGAGAAUCUUCUGUCUCCUCUUGUGUCUGUGAUGAUGUGUUUUGCAUCGUGUUAUUGUGUUUGUUGAUUCGGUCUCUGUGUUUUUCAGGCUGACUGAAUGGAAAGAUGCUUGUUGUUUUGUACCUGUGUAUAAGUGACUGAUAUGAUUUCGGCCCGCUGUGCCUCUGCUCUUCUGUUCGCAUGCUGAACUCAGGCACCGUAUGUGCUCUCUGGCAUCAUAUAACAGCUUUUAAAGCUGAUCAUCUGCUGCAACUCAGAACAGAUUCAAACUCAAACUUACUGCAGAAACUGCGCUCUCUGCAGUCUUUAACACAGAUGAGACAUCUUUUUCAGUGUGACGCAGUUAGUUCGUUGAAUCAAAGGUUGCAGCAAUGACAGUAAUUUUCACUAACCAUGCCUGACCUGAGCUGCCGUAGUUCUUCUAUCUCACCUUGCUCCUGCCUCACCCCCUCACCCAACCCUUGGCUGAGACAGUAGUGUCACCCGCCCCCUUUCUUGCAGAGGUAGAUGUGUGCCAUCCCAACCCGUGUGCCAAUGGAGCCACCUGUGUGGAGAGCGCAGACUCUUACAAAUGCUUAUGCCUGCCGAGCUACGGAGGGAAUCGCUGUGAGAUCGGUACGAUAUCAGCUUCAGCUUCUUAACACUAACAGCAGACUCUGAAAACAGCUGAACAGAGAGAUGCUGCAGCAUCUAAACUCUCUGUGUCUCUGUCAAAAUAUGAUGUGUUGCCGAGUCCUGGGUGCAACACAACAUAUUGCUGAGUUUCACUGGACGCACAUCAUCCGUGAGGAUCGACUCACCGUGAUGACAUUAAACCCGUUUAGAUUCUGUCGCAGCCGUGCAGCAGCCAUCAAACUUUUCACUCCCGCAGAGAACAUGGGAGUCAACCCCUCGAGCCUGUAAGUGCUCUGAGGACCUGCUGAAGGUCUUUAAUCAUGUCUCGUAGGGGUUAUGAGGGAGGCUCUGCAAACAAGUUCUUGGAGGAUCUUUGAAGACCUCCAGCAUGUAUUAAAGGGAUAUUCCGGUGUAAAAUUAAUUAAAGGUCAAACACACGGUAACACAGAGUUAGACCCCCCCUCCAGAGAUGAAUGUUGCCGACCGCUUGCUUCUCUAGUUAUACCAACUUUAGUAACGACCGCAGGAUAGAAAUACAGAGAGCCACGCCCCCAACCAAAACGCCACUCUAUAGCCACAAAUAAUGCUCAGAACAGCACCUAACUUCAUCAACAGGACAUAUAGGGUCACAGACAUAGUCCGUUACAGACUACAGUGGGGUGCCGCAGCUCAAGGAAGAACAUUUAUGAUUAAAGUGCUAUAAAAAUAUAAUGCAAUUUUUUUCCACUUUUUUUUGCUUAAAUCUUUUAAUCAACUUUAUUCCUGAUGAUAUCUCUCAAAUAUUCAUUCAUUUUCAGAAUUUUAACCUUUUUAAUGCCAGUUUGACUAUAUGAUGUCACUGUUAUUUUUUGAUGAGAAAAAGGUAUUUGGAGUUAUUUUCCAUAUAUCAGAUGCUGGGCAGGACUUUCUUUUUUUUUUAUCAAUGUCUAUGAUGUGUCAAUAACUAACAAUAAUAUUAAUUUUUAUGCAUUAUUAUUGUUUGAUGUAUUGUCUAAUUUCUAAAAAAGUUAAACUUAGGUCGUUAGAUGUACAAAAAUGUCCAUCUCCUAAAAGCGCUAUAAAAAUAUUAUACAUUAAUAUUUCUUUUUACUUUUUUUCAUCUUUUAAUCAACUUCAGUCCUAAUCAUAACCACUAAAUAUGUAUUCAUUUUCAGAAUUUUAACCCUUUAAAUGCCAGUUUGACUAUAUGACGUCACUGUUAUUUCUAAUGGGGAAAAAAAAGGAAUUUGGAGUUACUUUCCACGUAUUAGAUUCUGGGCAGGAAUUUCCUUUUCUUAUAUGUCAAUAAUUAACAACAACACUGGUUUGAUGCAUUCUUAUUUUUUAUUAUUUUAUUUUUAAGGACCUAAAUGUAUAGUGUUUUUGUCACACCGUGAAUCUUGACCUGAUAUAAUAAUGGGUGGUCACGUAUUAAAAUUUGGAAAGAAAAAAAACCCUGAAAUAAAUCAUCCCAUUUGCUUUAACACAGCUAAAAUGAUUAACAAAUGAAAGGUAAAAAAGUCACCAAAAAUGAACAAAAAUGUCCUUAAGGUCCUUACACACCGGCGAAUUUGUGGAGCAAAGCGAAAAAGCGAGACGAAAACGCAAAUAUUCGCCGGUCCGAAAAAUCGCUUUCGCCUAUACACACCGGGCGCGAAGCAAAUAUGCGUAUAUAUUUUGCAAAGCGAAUUAAUAAAUAUAUAUUGUCUUUGGUGCGAGUUCUUUCGCGCCACGGAGGAGAGGAGGACAAAGAAAUUGAGUCAACAACAUCCUCAAGCGAUGAUGAGCUCGAUAUGAUGGUUUUGGCAAAAAAAAGAAGACAGAAGAAUAAACAAAGGAGUGUUUGGGUACAUCCAUAUCGACUUUGAGGAAGGAGAUGGGCGAGUUCCACACCACCAUCCAGUGGUCCUGUACCACAAUUACCAGCCUCUCUCCCAUCGUUGCUCUUGGUGCCAGUGGUGGUGUGUGUUGUGUGAACUGCAGCCGCAUGGGUCUGUGACGUCACCAACAACAUGACCUUUGAUUGGCCAGAGGUCUAGCAGGUCCAGAUAUUUGCCUGCAAAUAUCCGAAAAAUUCAACACAAGAGCGAAAAAAAAAAAGUCGCUUUUCGCCCCGUGAAAAAAUCGCCGGCGGUGUGGAAGGUUGCAUUGACUUUAUGCUGUUUUAAAAAAAGGCGAGUAAUUCGCCUGGCAAAUUCACGCCUGGUGUGUAAGGACCUUCAGAGCCCCUGAGGGUUAGAAGGAUUACACCCAUACUUUCUGAGAAAAAUCCAACAAACAAGCUCUUGUAGAUAUUUGACCGUCUCUGAGUUUACACAUCCUGGGGUUGGGGGUCGGCCUUCAUGUCUGUGGGUCCUCCUGAGUAAGAGAAACGUCGCCUCUCGUGAUGGGAAAGGUGUUUCUAGUGAUGGAAUAAAUGAAGCCAAAGGUCUCUGCCUGGCUGAACUCCACCUGUCCUCGUGGGAAAAUAUGAAAGUAUAUAUUCAAGUGUGAAUCGAGUCUAUUAGCCGGAUGACUGAAUGGAACUUUUGAAUGUGAGAGUCAAAGACGAAUGACGGAGGACCGCCAAAUGCUCCACUCUGUGUUUGAAGGUUGUUCCUGCGCAGUGGGAUGGAAACUGCGUUCAUCAUCAGAUCAUCUGGAGGCCUCGCAGUCACACGUCUCUCACCAGACUAAACAGCAGAAGACCUAAAAUAACAUCAUUCAUAGGCAGCUCAGAUGAGAGUGUGAGGUGUUACUCAGGUGGACCCAAGAGCCUCAGACAGGUUCUCAAGGUGGUUCAGAAACCCAGGUGUGUUUAAUCAGGGAGGCAGAGAGAGGAGAGCAGAGACAAGGAACUCAAGAAGGAGAGGAGAAUAGUCAAUGACGAGCACGAGAAAGGCUGGAGGAGCUGGAGACAGAGAUGGAGAUUCAGAGAUGGGGGUUCAGAGCUGGGGGUUCAGAGCUGGAGCUUCAGAGCUGGAGCUUCAGAGAUGGGGGUUCAGAGCUGGAGCUUCAGAGCUGGAGCUUCAGAGCUGGAGCUUCAGAGCUGGAGUCAGAGCUGGAGCUUCAGAGCUGGAGCUUCAGAGCUGGAGCUUCAGAGCUGGAGCUUCAGAGCUGGAGUUAGAGCUGGAGCUUCAGAGCUGGAGCUUCAGAGCUGGGGGUUCAGAGCUGGAGCUUCAGAGCUGGAGUUAGAGUUGGAGUUAGAGCUGGAGCUUCAGAGCUGGAGCUUCAGAGCUGGAGUCAGAGCUGGAGCUUCAGAGCUGAAGUCAAAGCUGGAGCUUCAGAGCUGGAGCUUCAGAGCUGGAGUCAGAGCUGGAGCUUCAGAGCUGGAGUCAGAGCUGGGGGUUCAGAGCUGGGGGUUCAGAGCUGGAGCUUCAGAGCUGGAGCUUCAGAGCUGGAGCUUCAGAGCUGGAGUCAAAGCUGGAGCUUCAGAGCUGGAGCUUCAGAGCUGGAGCUUCAGAGCUGGAGUUUCAGAGCUGGAGUCAAAGCUGGAGCUUCAGAGCUGGAGCUUCAGAGCUGGAGCUUCAGAGCUGGAGUCAAAGCUGGAGAUUCAGAGCUGGAGCUUCAGAGCUGGAGUCAGAGCUGGAGCUUCAGAGCUUUCACUGGUUGCUCACUCAUGAGGGACAGCUGCGCCUAGUUAAAGCAGAGACCUCCUCACCUGUCCUUCUCCUCUUUGGUUUAUCAGGUUGUCGUUCCUUCUUCUUCCUAAAGGGGGGCUGUUUUUUUCUUUGAGGGUCUCUGAUGUGAGCUUAUACACGUGUAUGACCCUGUGAGCACGGUGAAGGUGUUUAAGUCUGAGACUCAGUCUGUUGACCUGUGAGCGGACCCUUCCUGUCAGGUGAACACAGGGUCUCUAAAGUGCGCUCAGAUCCUUCUGUGUGUAAACGCUGUCUGUCUCUCGCUGUUCUGGCUGCAGAUGAGCAGGUGUGUGAAGACGGCUGGACCAAGUUUCAGGGAAACUGCUACCUGCACUUCUCAGACAGACAGACCUGGAUGGAUGCUGAGCAGCGCUGCAGGAACCUGAACGCCCACCUGGUCAGCAUCAUCACCCCUGAGGAGCAGCGCUUUGUUAACGGUGGGUUUGAUGUGGAGUCAUCACAAAGAUAGCGAUGGAGAGUGUGAAGAUAGACGCUUAACCCGUUCUCCUCCCACAGCCAACGCUCAGGAUUAUCAGUGGAUCGGCCUGAACGACAAGACGAUGGAGAACGACUUCCACUGGACUGACGGGACUCCUCUGGUGAGUUCAUACUGGUCUGCUGUUAAAGAGGGGAGAUGUUAGUGCAGGAAGUGGAGCCGUCACAAACCAAGUCUACUGACUGAGAAUGAGGCCAAGUUUCUGUUCCUGAAAAGUUCCUCAGUGCUUCAGGCCUGCAGCUCUUUCCUCCUGACGACUGGAUCUUCAGCCGUCUACUCGCUGGUGAAAUAGACGUCGGUCAGCUCGGCCCCUCCAAUCAGAAACUGUCAGGCUGUAGCUGUCAUACAGUACGUUUACAUCCACAGUUUAAUCGGACGGUCGUCUUCUCUCCCUGUCCUCGUUUACAUGCAGCUGAGAAAAUCGAACUAUUGACGUGAACGUGUCCCCCUCCCCAAAACUAGGGGGCGAUACGGGUCUUUUCAGCGGCGCUGUUUCCGGACGUUUUUUAAAGAUGUCUCUGUUCCUGGUUUUGUGACCGUCCAUAAACUUUAAAAUGUCCAUUUCUGUCAGAACGGAAAGCAUUACGUCGCUCUCCUCAUCGUUCCUAAAGUGGACGUUCUUUCGUGCUUCGGCGAUGUUGCAGUUGCUUCUGAGUCGAAAGUUCUUGAAAUGAUAGCGCCGCUUCUUCUCUGGUGUUUUUGUUCCGGGGUUACGGGGGCGUGGCGCACAUGCAUUGUCCGAUCAUACUCCGACUACGCUGGUUACAUGGUAGAGAAAAUCGAAUUCUAAUCACAUUAUCUGGGUGUCUUAAUCAGAGUUCUCCGAUUAUAGUCGGACUAAGGUGUUUACAUGACCUUCAGCUGUCCGGUCUUAAUCGGAAUAAGGCGAUAAUUCGCUUGCAUGCAGGUAUUUCCUCAAUAAAGGGGCUGAGCUGACUGGCAAACAUUCUGGCUAAUAUGUUCACUGUUGACAUGUAAGUCAUGCAGCUUGACUAAAAAAAUACUGAAAUAUCCCUUUAAGUCAACUUUGUUUUUGGAGGACAUGUUUUUGAUUGCACAGUAUCUUUCGUGUGUUUCUGACUCUGUAGCCCACGUCUGAUUGGUAGGUCACUUUUCAAGGCCUUUGCAGUCAUUCACUGUGUCUGUCUUAAUCUAAUAUGAACAUGUUGGUCUUCCUCCUCCUCCUCCUCCUCUUCCUCAGCAAUAUGAGAACUGGAAACCCAAUCAGCCGGAUAACUACUUAUACUCUGGAGAGGACUGUGUGGUGAUGAUCUGGCAUGAUGACGGACAGUGGAACGACGUGCCCUGUAACUACCACCUGCCCUUUACCUGCAAGAAAGGCCCAGGUAUGUUCAGAUCCAACAGCUGCUUCCACUCAGCUGGGUGAUGAAAUCUCAUAGGAUCUGUAACCCCCAAUUUUCACUGCAUCUGGAACGGUGGCGAUUUUCACCAUCUGCCGAUUCCUACCAAACACUAAAGAAAACACGAUAACAUGUGACACUACACAACGUUGUAAAAUAUUCUAUAUUAAAACUGACAUGAUAUAAUGAACUGGGAUAUGAUACAUACACCAUGAGGUUAUUAUGUUCACAACGGCAAAUCAGAAAACACAAUGACGUUAACCGUUGUGAUUUCUCUUUCUGUGUCGUGUUUUCUGAUUUGCCGUUGUGUUUUAAUAAUAAUAAUAAUAAUAGAUUUUAUUUAUUACGCACUUUACAUUUAAAAACAAAUCUCAAAGUGCACAAAGCAACAAUAAAUAACAUACAACAUAAAAAAAAAAAAAAAAAAAAACAGUCAGCAGAUAAAAUCAGAUAAAAUGUUUUGCCCCUCAGGGCCACCGUAGGAUGCAACACUUGUUAUAAUAUGUUAUUAUAUGAUCUAAUUCCCUAAAUCACAUCAUAUUGUAUCAUAUAUCUUUAAUUUUAUCACAUCAUAUUAUUUAUUGUUCAUAUUACUUCAUUUAUGAGACCAGAACUCUCUAUAAUAUGAAUAUAUGGAAUGAUUAAUGGUUUCAUGUGAUUUGAUAUAAAAUGUGAUUUUAUGUGAAAUAAGUUGAUCUGAUAUAAUUUGACACAAUACGGGACGUUAGAUCAGAUAAGUCACGAUAUAAAAAUGAUAUGAUAUGGUUUCUGUCCUCAGUGUCGUGCGGCGCCCCCCCUCAGGUGGAGAACGCCCACAUGUUUGGUGCGAAGAGGGCGGAGUAUCCCGUCAACUAUAUCAUCAGGUAUCAGUGUAACCCCGGCUUCAGACAGCGCCACCUACCAGUGGUGCGCUGUAAAGCAGACGGGCAGUGGGAGGAGCCUCAGGUGGAGUGUACUGAUGGUGAGUUGGCUGUCUGUGGAUGCACAGGUGAGACCAGGUGAGUUGUUACCUGGUAGUUACUUCCUCUUUGUUUGUGUCUGUGCAGUCAAAUCCAGGAGGAGAGCGGCGGAGAGCGGGGGGGAGCUCCAAUGA